AUGGCGCCAACCCUCGAGGGCUACGAUCAGGCGACGGUCAUCCCACAGUGUAUGAUCAACCGACUGAUCAGCCAGCACGCAUCGCUAGCAGCACCCGAUGAGCUUCAUUUUGAAGAUGAACAUGGUUCUGGGCUCUCAGACGUCGUCGCGGGGAUUCCGCAGGUCAUCCUCGACGUGGACCGGGGAGAUAUCGAUCACGUUUUACUCGUUCUUCCUCUGCUCUCGGCGCAGCUACGGAUCCGAGCCAACGCAAACCCUGAGGAUCGCACCGCUAUCGAGUUUGUGGUCAAGGAUUGGCAGUUGGCUUUUCCCGUCCAUGUAGACGCAACCCCUGAGACGACCCCGGAUCCCAAAUAUAAGCAAACUCAGAAGUCUCUGAAGUUGCAAAAGGAGUACACGAUGGUCCACAACAGUCUGAAAUCAGAGUCCGGGAUCACCAUUUGGGACUGGCUCAUGCGUCUUGGAGGAAGCAAAUUUGACCCCAUAGAUACGAGGUUCAGCUUUUUUGGCCACUGGUCAGACCAGGAUUUUUUCAUUUCGGAAGACGAAACUUACGUGCCUGCAACGCAUCGAUUUGCCGUUGGAAGCGAGCGCCACUUUUCCGCUGAAUUCGAGUGGUUCAACCGAUUUACUGAGUAUCUCGAUCAGUUUGGCCGUCACAUCUGGCAAACCAUCACUCUCGGUAUUUUUCAACAUGUGGCAACAAAACCGAUCAUGAAUAGUCCGUACCUGGAUCUCGUCAUCUCCCUGUCCCGCGAUCGAAAGCUAACGAGAUCAACUGUAGACAGUCAAAAGCCCGCCUCGCCUGUGACAGGCCUCCACAUCCAGCAAUAUCCGUACCUCGACAACUCGAUGUACUUUCGCACCGGUACAGACCGCCAGAGUCGCUUCAAUGCUAUCUGCUUCCUGGAAACCUUUCAAGGCCGCUCGCUGCCCCAGACCCGGGCUCUACCUUGGCAAGGGAACUGGAUCGAAGGCGAGUAUGGUCUUCAUCAGUUCACUCUCUUCCCCCUCAUAUUGCCAGACCUGAGCAGGUGGGCCUAUAUUUUGCUUCAAGCCCAGCAGCAAACAACCCCCAUUGCAGUUGAGUGGGGGCCACAGGACUUGCCUAGCUGGUGCCAAUUUGUCCGUUACCAGGGCAAUGAGACCGAUAGUAUCAAGGCCAUGCUGAAGGAUCACAACCCAGAGGAGGCAGAACUCUGGAACUAUACUGGGACGGGCCUUAGUCCGCGGAAUUUUAGUCCAUUGCCGUCGAAUGCGCUGGUAUGGGCUUGUGACUCUCCAGCUGGAAAUGGAUUCAGCACUAAGUAUCAGUCCCACACCGGAUACCUCACCCUAAUUGCCCGGUUGUCCUCUGUGCCUGGGAGUAAUCAAAUGCACAUGGACACCCGUAUGAUGAAACGUUUCAAGAGUACAACGUCAACGUCAUGGCAAGUUAAAUCCUGGGGAAGAGUUGAAUUGCACUUCUUCGAUGGUCAAGAUGGGCUUUCAAUCAAGGUGUUGUGUUCUGACCUGCACGAUGCGGACAAAUUCACGCUUGACAUGUCUGUCCCUUUGAAUGACGAACAGAUUGCCAAAGCGAAUGAGGAGCUGGACAAAUUGCGAGCAAAAAUUGAAGACGUCAGGCCUGCUUCUUUUUCACUGGGUGGACCAGUCCUCUCUCGCCAUGGGCCUCUACCGGCGGCACAGUAUUUAGACACGGAAUCCACAGAGCGUGUGUAUCGGCUUACGUACCCGCAUGCUUCCCUCUCCGUCUGUCACAUUCCAAACGCGGGGCCGCAUAAUAUCCCACCCAACGCCACGAUCGCAGCGGCCAGUCGCGAUCCUAACACGAUUGAGAUCUGGUGGGUGGCCACGGACGGGUCUGUACAAGGGGCCUACUUUUACGAGGGCGCGACGUGGCAGCGGUACACACUCGCGGGCCCUGGGUCCGCUGUGUCAAAUACGGUCUGUGCUACUUCAUGCGAUCCACUACGCAUGGAUGUAUUUUGGAUAGCUCCAGAUGGCAGCAUCCAGGGUUGCGAUUUUCAGCGCCGCCGGGAUUCCUCAUGGGGCUCUCCGAGGACUAUCCAUGGCGGGCAUUCAGCUCUCAUUUCGGGGAGAAUCGAGGCUGUCACCUGGAACCCCGGUAGGGUUGCUGUUUUUUGGACUCAGGCAAAUGGUGACAUUGAGGGGUCAUUUGCCACCAAAGAUGGUGAAUGGGUCUCCCGUACAGCGAUGAGCGCAACGGGUGGAAGUCCCACGAAUGACUUUAAAGCUCUUGGAUCUCCAUCGGGGAACGGAUUCGAUCUCGUCAAAGUAUGUAGCAAGGACGAGAUCCGGACGGUGUCCCCUCGGUGGCAGCCUACGGUAGACCUUCCAGAAAGCUUCACGGCAGAUAUCACGUCCUCGUCGAGUGCGAUCUCCAGGCCUUCUCUUUUGGCUAUUGGAGACUAUGGCGAUGGUCAUUUUGCAUACUGGCAUGCCACGCCAUCAGGUGGUAUAGUUGGUGCUCAAAAGUCUCCUGGUGGCCAGUGGAAGAGAGGGGAUGUGGCUCCAGACGGCAGUAUAGCCGCAGGGGGUAGCUUACAGGCCGCAUCUCACGCACCUGAUAAAACCGAUUUAUUGUGGUUCUCCCCAACCGGUGUUCUGAUGGGAUGCAGCAGCACGGUCGACAAACUGUCCACCACUUCUCAUGCCCUUCGUGACGAUCCAGUUGCAGCGCCGGAGUCGCCGCUUACGGUCACUUGUCGGCAGCAGGGGACUCUGGACGUCUUUUUCCUUAGCCCAUCGGGCCACCUUGUCGCAGGUAUAGUGAAGUGUGAAUAG